UAGCUUUUAAUACAAUGUGUAACAGAUUAUUAGUUCUUUUAUACCCAUACUCAUGAAUUUAGUUUCUGCAAUCAAUUCCGCCAAUGGAAACCACCUCUCAUCACCGUUGAUUUCCAGUUUCUGGGACCCAUUUUGAUCAAGAUACAUGUCCCUCACUUAAAUUCAGCUGAUGAAAUAGUAGAGUAAAUCUGGUGGGAAAAGCUCUGGAUUAACUUCUCCCCAGCCCAACACCACUGACAUUCAUUUAUGCAACCACCUACUUUAAAUUUUCUGUACAGCAAUACAGAGAUAGGCCCCUCUUCUUUAUUAACUGAUUAAAGUUUCUAGUUUUAGAUGCACCCAUCUUCCCUGUUCAUCUUCUUCUUCACUGAGUCAGUAGCAUUCUUACUCUUUUCUCAGUGAAAAAAAUGGUUGUGAAAUGGGUGUUUUUGCUGUUAUUAGCCUCUCUUACCAUAACCAAUGUUGUGUCUUUGACAGCAAGUCCGUUUACAAAGACAUACAUUGUCCAAAUCGAUAGAUUAGCCAAGCCAGAGACUUUUGGUGACCAUGUAGAGUGGUAUGCCUCAGUGAUACAAUCUGUGUCUGCUGAGCUAAAUGAUGAAGAAAAUGAUGAUGGUGAGAAUGAGAGGAUAAUGUAUAGCUACCAAACAGCUUUUCAUGGUGUGGCUGCUAGGCUGAGUUUGGAGGAAGUGGAGAGACUGCAGCAACAUCCUGCUGUGAUGGCUGUGUUUCCUGAGGUUGCGUAUGAAUUGCACACCACAAGAAGUCCCUGGUUCCUGGGGCUUGGAUCGGAGGAGAGCACGAGUGUUUGGUCUGAGAAGUUGGCGGAUCAUGAUGUUGUGGUGGGAGUACUUGACACUGGAAUAUGGCCUGAGAGCAGGAGUUUCAAUGACACUGGCUUGACAGCAAUUCCAGCUCGCUGGAAGGGUACGUGUCAAAUUGGGCGUGGAUUUGAUAAGAGUCAUUGCAAUAAGAAGAUUGUAGGUGCUCGGAUGUUUUAUCACGGGUACGAGGCUGGGGCAGGGAAGAUUAAUGAGCAGGAAGAGUAUAAAUCACCAAGAGAUCAGGAUGGGCAUGGGACUCAUACUGCAGCAACGGUUGCUGGAUCUCCCGUGCAAGGCGCGAAUCUUUUAGGCUAUGCUAAGGGAACUGCCCGAGGAAUGGCCCCUGGCGCGAGGAUAGCAGCGUACAAAGUUUGCUGGGCUUCUGGAUGCUUUAGCUCUGAUAUUCUUGCUGCAGUUGAUCAGGCGGUGGCUGAUGGAGUGAAUGUUUUGUCCAUCUCUUUAGGCGGUGGAUCCUCAUCGUAUCAACACGACAGUCUGUCCAUAGCCACUUUCGGGGCUAUGGAGAAGGGAGUUUUUGUGUCAUGCUCAGCAGGCAAUGGGGGGCCAACUCCAGUUAGUUUGACGAAUAUAUCACCAUGGAUUACUACAGUGGGAGCCAGCACAAUGGACAGAGAUUUCCCAUCUACUGUGAAGCUCGGUAGUGGUCAGAAAAUAACAGGAUCUUCACUUUACAAAGGCAGGAGGAAGUUGUCCCCGGCAAAGCAGUAUCCUUUGGUGUAUACAGGUGGUAAUUCCAGCAUCCUGGAUCCGAGUUCUUUGUGUCUGCAGGACACCCUGAAUCCAAAGGUUGUCCGGGGAAAGAUAGUGAUUUGCAACCGAGGGGUUACUCCUCGGGUUCAAAAAGGCCAAGUGGUAAAAGAUGCAGGGGGAAUUGGAAUGAUCUUGGCAAACACCGAAGACAAUGGGGAAGAAUUGGUAGCAGAUUGUCACCUGCUCCCCACCGUUGCAGUUGGGGAAAAAGCUGGUAGAUCAAUUAAGGAAUAUGCUAUGACAAAUUCACAUCCUACAGCAACCCUUUCCUUUCAGGGAACCAGACUAGGAGUAAAGCCUUCCCCGGUAGUGGCUGCAUUUUCGUCCAGGGGGCCUAAUUAUCUGAGUCUAGAGGUUCUGAAACCGGAUAUAGUUGCACCAGGAGUGAACAUACUCGCUGCUUGGACUAAUACACUUGGUCCAUCAAGCUUGGCAACAGAUAAACGAAUUGUAAAUUUCAAUAUCCUGUCUGGAACAUCCAUGUCCUGUCCUCAUGUGAGUGGCAUUGCUGCAUUGAUAAAGGCGAGGCAUCCAGACUGGAGCCCUGCAGCUAUAAAAUCUGCCAUUAUGACGACGGCUUACAUUCAUGAUAACAAUUACACUCCUCUAAGAGAUGCUUCCACAGGCGCCCCUUCAACUCCAUAUGACCACGGUGCUGGACAUAUAAACCCACUGAAAGCUCUCAACCCCGGCCUAGUUUAUGAUCUCAAGCCACAAGAUUACUUUGAAUUCUUGUGUGCUCAACUGAGCCCCGGUGACAUGGUAGUCUUUGCUAAGUUCUCCAACAGGUCUUGCAGAAACACACUUGCUAGUCCCGGAGAUCUCAACUACCCAGCGCUCUCAGUAUUAUUCCUGGAAAAAGGAAAUAACUCGGUCUUGACCCUCCACAGGACAGUAACAAAUGUUGGAAAAGCUGUUUCAAAUUACCACGCUGUAGUUUCACCAUUCAAAAGUGUAGUCAUUAAGGUUGAGCCAACAACCUUGCAUUUCACGAAGAAACAUCAGAAAUUAUCUUACAAGGUUACCUUCAUAGGUAAGAAAUUACAAGCCGGGCCUGAGUUUGGACAUUUGAUGUGGAAGGACGGAGUACACAAGGUUAGAACACCAGUUAUAGUGACAAGGGUUCCAGUACCAAUAUAAAGAUGAAUGGAUCUAGAGGCACCACAAUAAAUAGAUGUUUUGUUACGAUUACAAACUGCCUAGCUCGGUUUUCUUCUUUAAAUUUGUAUGCACUUGUUACAUUUUUUCUUGCAAUGAUCUUUCCUUUCCUUAGAUAAGUGUUGCAACUCCAAGUAUGAGGAUUGCAACUACCAACUUGAGGUGAUUUGGCUGUUACUAAUGAGAAAACAACUAUUUUUUAGUAUGA